UGGCUUGUUUGUUGCCGCAAAUAGUCUCGGAAGGGCAAAAUGCUUUUAUCCAUGGCGCCAAAUAUUUGAGAAUAUCCUCCUAGGGCAUGAAUUAAUGCAUUAUCUCAAAAUCAAAAAGCAUGAAAAGAAAGGGUACAUGGCUCUGAAGGUUGACAUGGAAAAGGCCUAUGAUAGAGUCGAAUGAUCAUUUCUCCUUGUUGUUUUAGAAAACAUGGGUUUAACUCUACCUGGUGUGGGUGUAUUCCUGAAUUCCUUAGAUCCACUUUGUUUUCGGUUCUAAUGAAUGGCACCCCGUCGGGUUAUUUCAUGCCAUCCAGAGGUCUGCGGCAAGGGGAUCCAUUGUCUCCCUUGUUAUUUGUGCCCUGUACGGAGGGGUUUGCUGCUCUUCUUCAGAAGGUUAUCUUGGAACAAAAACUGGAGGGAGUUAAAGUGGCUCCGAGAGCUCCCCGCAUCUCACACCUCUUCUUUGCUGAUGAUUCAUAUUUACUUCUUAGAGGUACUCUCCAGGAAUGUGAGAACCUGCUCGAAGAGCUUAAUGAGUAUGAAGAGCUUAGUGGCCAGAGGGUAAACUUGGCUAAGUCUGCAGUAUGUUUUAGUAAGAACAUAUCCCUGCAAGACCAGGAGUUCUUGGCCCAGAUUUUGGUUUCGCUAUUUAGAAGAGAAGUUGCAGGAGCGCCUUCAGGGGUGGAAACAAAGGAUGAUGUCUUGGGCAGCUAAGGAAACCUUGAUCAAAUCGGUUGCUUUAGCUUUGUUAUUGCAUGUUAUGUCCUGUUUUAAGUUACCACUAUCUCUAUGUCGGCUCUUGGAUAAGCACGUGGCUCGGUUUUGGUGGGGCGUUGAGGAGGGACAGUCAAGGAUUCAGUGGAUAUCCUAGAGUAACAUGUGCAGGAGUAAGCAUGGCGGGGGUAUGGGGUUUCGCCGGUUCGAACACUUUAAUCAAGCUCUCUUAGCUAAACUUAGCUGGCGUAUCCUUAAUGAGCCGACUUCCCUCUUAGCCCAGGUCUAUAAAGAAUGUACUUUCCUAAUGGCUCCUUCCUCUCUGCCACGGCGCGUUCACCCCCAUCUUGGGGCUGCAGAGUGUCCUUUAUGGGAGAUAGUUGAUUGAGGUGGGCUCUCGAUGGCAGAUUGGUAAUGGUCAAACGGCUUCUUUGCUUCAUUCCAGCUGGAUUCCUCGCGUCCACCCUUCUCCCCCAACUUAUAAUCCCCAGGUGUUGCCGGAAGGGAGUGACCCUCCGGUGGCGGAGGUUAUAUAUGCAAGGAAAGGGCAGUGGUGUGAUUCUAAACUUCGACAGUGGUUUGAUCCGUCCAGUUGUCGGGCGAUUAAAGUUAUUCCCCUCCCACGUAAGGAUGUGGCGGAUAGACUUAUCUGGUGUGACACGCUGGACGGGGUAUUCACCGUCAAGUCGGCCUAUCAUCUUGCUAUCUCGUUGGAUAGAAGGAGAGGUCAGUGGAGAUCUAUGGUAAGUUGGAUGGACAGGUCUAGUUGUAUUCGUGUGUGGGAGGCUAAUAUCCCGCCAAAGUUAAAGGUGUUUGUUUGGCAAAUCCUUAAUCGGAUUCUACCUACUACAGAGGCCCUUAUUGAGAAGGGUGUCCCGGUGCUUCCUCGCUGCCCGGUUUGUUGGGAAGAGUCGGAAACAAUGGAGCAUUUGUUUCUUUAUUGCCCGGUGACCAGCGCUCUUUGGGACUAUUUAGGGUUGGAGUAUCUUGGCCAAGGAUUGCCUCGUCACACUUUCCCGCUUUUUUGAAAAGAUUGAUGUCUCUCAUCCAUCAACCAACUCUGUUUAUGGAGGUGGUUGCUGUCCUUUGGAGGAUUUGGCGAUCUCGAAACUGGGUUGUCUUUGAAGGCAAGCAGUUUGGGAUCCCUGCCUUGAUGCGACAACUUCACCAAUAGGUUGAGGAAUGGAUUUGUUUGCCGCUGGACCCUGUACUCCAACCCUUUGCACCUGUGUCACCUCACUUGAGCCCUGGGGGGGGGGGGGGUCUAGUUUGGUGGUGUGCAUGUGGGACGGGGCUACCCGGAGUGGGUCCCAUGCGGAAGGAGGAAUAGUACUACUGACCCCUGCUAGAGAGAUCCUUCGGGUUAAUGGGGUUCAGUUUCCAAGUAUGGAUGACCAUAUGGUGGUUGAAUUGCUUGUUUUGUGAGAGGCUAUUUGUUGGUGUCUAGGUUAGGGCUUCACAGCAGUUACCUUUGAGGGGGAUGUCAAAAGUCAUCAUUGACAAUAUCAAUCAGGCGGACACUAGGGAUAAACGGAUGGGGGUUGUGCUGGAAGAAAUUGUGCUUUCUGUGAACUUUCACUCCGGGUUUAAUGCACGUUUUGUAGGUUGGCGUAACAAUAGGGUAGCCCACUUGGUGGCUAGAAAGGCCCUCUCUUUGUCACCGACUAUGAAUUGUUUAUUUAAUUUCUAACUCCAGAAUGUAACUACCUUUCUUGUGAAUCAAUAUACAAUUAUUUUUUGUAAAAAAAACUUUUUCGUACAUCUUUACUUGUCAAUGUAAAUUCUUACAUUGGGUAGGGAGGUUGAUGCUGGAUUGACUUCAUCUGUGUAUUUGGCAGGCAGGGUCGUUUUCGAGAUCGAGCCAAUAGAUAUGUAUUGGAUUGAUCUGUUGAAUUAUAAAGUAAUUGACAGCUGCUUCCAAUUCCAUGAAAGCAAUGAGGGAAACAACUGUGUUAAUUAAGUUUCCAAUAGUUU